AUGCCUCUCACCGUCCUGACGGACACAGAGGUGCGGCAAAUCCUUCUAUCGCUCACCAAAGAAGAUGCAGAAGGCCUCCAACAAAGCCUGGCGGAAGCUCUACACUCAUACUCUACCGGCGACACGAAUUCGCCAUGCAGUUCAUCCUUCCAGCCGGCGCGCACAGUGAUCAAGAAAAACGGCGUCACCACACUCUUCAUGCCCGGGUCUACUGGAACCACGGUCGGCAUGAAGAUUGUGUCCCUCGAACAGCCCGACGUGCCGGCCAGCAGCGGCAGCAAACAGUCGUCCGUCUCGUCGGCGCAUUCAAACAGCCACCCGACCACGCCGGGCAGCGCGUCAGGCGCCAAGUCACCGAUCUCCGAGUUCAGCAACUUGACGCUGACGCCAGCGUCGACGACGUCGGUGAGCAGCCGGGAUUCGAUCGACGGGGCCACCUUCGAGGCUCCGGCGUCGAUGGCCAAUUUGCAGAGCAGCACGCCGCGCGGAUCCGUGACGCUGCUCGACUCGACGGGGUACCCGGUGGGGAUCGUCAACGCGGAGGAGCUGACGGCGUUCCGCACGGCGCUGGCGUCGACGAUCAUGCUCCGGCGACGGGCGCACGUGCACACGAUCACGGUGUUCGGGGCGGGCAAGCAGGCGUACUGGCACAUCCGGCUGGCGCUGCUGUUCAAGGGCCACCAGAUCCGACACGUCAACAUCAUCAACCGGCGGUUCGAGAGCUGCAUCGCGCUGAUGAAGGCGUUCCAGAUCUCGGACGAGUCGCACGAGGAAUGGCGCAGCCAGAUCAAGUUCUCCGCCAUGAGCCCCGAGUUCGGCGAGUACGGCCGCCUGCUCAAGGAGGAGGUGCGCAAGGCCGACGCCAUCUUCUGCUGCACGCCGUCCGUCGACCCGUUGUUUCCCGCCGAGUUCCUGACCUCGCGCGAGGGCGAGCGCAAGGGCCGCUACAUCUCGUGCAUCGGCUCCUAUGCGCCGCACAUGUGCGAAAUCCACCCGGACGUCUUUCGCCGCGCCGUCGAGCCGCACUGGGGCCAUCGCCAUCACCACAAACACGCCAAGCAGGGCGGCGUCAUCAUCGUCGAUAGUCUCGAGUCGUGUCUCAAGGAGGCCGGCGAGAUCAUCAAGGCUAAACUCAAGCCCGAACAUCUCGUCGAGGUCGGCGAGCUGAUGAUGAUCAAGAAGGCCGCCAGCAAGGAACUGGAGCUGGGCGGGCCCGGCGAACAGGGCCUCGUCGAGUGGUUGUCUCGCGGCACCGUCAUCUAUAAGAGUGUCGGUAUGGGUUUGAUGGAUCUGGUUGUCGCGGACGAUCUGAUUCGCAUUGCGAGAGAAAGAGGUGUCGGCACCACCAUUCCGGAUUUCUAG